GUUUAAGAAUAUUGAAAAGAAAUAGCAAAAUAAAUUUCAUGUAUACGUAUACAUACAUCAAAAGAAACCGAUAAUAUAUCGAAAUGUCAUUAAAAAUAAUCCGUUAUGCCGCGGCAGAGCGGCAGAAUGGCAGAGCGGCAGAACGGCAGAACGGCAGAACGGCAGAGCGGCAGAACGGCAGAGAGAACGGCAAGAAUUUUGAAACGCUCCCUAAAGUAUCACACAAUGAAAUUUAUAAAAAAAGUAUUAAGUUUUUUCUCACACAGUAAAAUAUGGAUGGCAACCAUUUUCUACAGAAAAUUAAUAAACGUAAGUCACUAAUGCGCCUUCCACUUUUUUUUGCAAUGUCAUUCAUAAGGAGAUUAUAACGCGUCAAGUUUAUUACAGUUUGUCCUACGUUUCAGUUCUUUCUACGUUCUACGCAUUCGCUCAAAGAAUGCGUUAAUUGGUUUAAAAAUAACGAAGACGGGAAAAAAAUUCUGCUAUUGACGCAGUUUCCUAUAUCUAUUUUUUCUUUUAUUGCUCUCAAUUUAACCUAUCUUCUUCUUUCUCUAAGUCCAAUGUUUUUUGUUUUGUUUUCUACGGUGACGUUCUUUUUUGUUUUUGUGGUCCUUAGGACAACGACUUCAAUUGAGUAGUUUUAUUUUCUUAUUCAUAUUGAUUUCUUUAAAUAAACAGCUUAAAUCAAGUAAAACAUCAUGAAAAAUAUAAUGAUUUUGCUGUUAUAUCAUUACAGAUAUUGAUUCAACGGGCAAUUGAUGCAGGAAAAGCAAAUUAUGAAAAAGAAUUAAGUAAUUUAAUACAACAAUUACCCAAAUGGAAAAGUCGUAUUGAAAAUCAAUUUAAAUCAAUGAAAGACAAUAUGAUCACAAACAAAAUUUAG